CCAUGAAGUGCGUUGCUUGACGCUCUCGUCUCUCGAACAUUUUGCUGGUCCGGCCGCCAUAUUUCAUUAUUUUCUUGUCGACGUGCGUUGUUCGUUUGUAGAAUCCCGUCGCCGCCAUAAGUUGUCGCGGAGUUCAGCAAACAUUUAAAAAGAAGAAAAAAUGGGUGACCGCAAGAACCAAAUAAUGUUUGGGCCUGAAUGGCUAAGAAACUUAAAUUUGAGCCCCAACGCGGGUUCCGGCACCAGGCCCGGUGCGCAGUCGGCGGAGGCGGUCUCUUCUGCUUCCACCAGCCCCCCAGCAGGCCCAGCCCUGCAACCACCCACUCCCAGCACAUCCAAUAGUACUACAAGCAGUCGUAGCUCCACUCGCGCAGAGGCACCAAGACUCGCAAAGCAGAGGUACGGCCGGGAGGAGAUUUUAGCUCUGUGCGAGCGAAGUGGCGACCCCCCGGAUGAACUGGUUAAUAACGACAUGUUAUAUCAGGCAAGAGAGAAAAAGCCUAUAGCGUUGUUGUCUUUUGAGGAGGAGGUGAGCGAGAACACCGGGCAGCGAGGCGGCAUGGCCGGAGCGCAGUCCACAGAGCGCUUCGGCGGCGUCCGAGGUGCGCCCGCCGCGCCUCCCGAAGCCCGCGGCCGCGCCCGCGCGUUCAUUCGUCAGACUGGCCCACCAGGCGGCAGUGGUAUACCUGGCAGGGUUGCCACGCCCUCUCACACGGCGAACGCUCGCACCGGCAGGUUCAACUUGGGCCAGGACGAGGAGCCGGCGCCGGCGCGGCCGUGGACCGCGAGCAACGGCACCCCGCAAACGAACAGGCCUGGGGACCAGACCGAGUGGGCGCAGAGCCGACUGUUCCGCAGACGACCAAAUAAUUUAACAAAUUGGCGUCAGUCCAAAGAAGAGAAUGGAGAGGAAUGGAGAGGUAAUGAGCCAGGCCUCGGAAGAGGAACUAUCAGACGGCCCCUCGCUGAAAGAAUGAGAGAUAGGGAACGAGGUCACGUGAGCCUUCGGAGGCCCCAUCCCUCUACCGGGCAAGGGUGGAAUCGUCGCUCGUGGAGCACGAAUGACACACAUGAUACCCCACAUGAAGAAAAUUUGCCCGAAUGGGCUGUAGAGAACACGGAGGCUGGUGCAGGCACGUUUGACUCGUCCGGUGCUUUUCAUGGCUGUGCCGCAGACGACAGUAAUAUUUCGCGCCCUCAGGAGUCAAAUCAUGUUCUAUCGCGUUCUCACACGCAUGCGGGGUUUUCACGCGCGGGGAACCAAGACUGCGAAGAGGCCUCGGCAGAAUGGUGGGCCUCUGAAAAGGCUAAAGCCGAAAAGAAAAAGGCGGAGGAGCAAAACCGCCGAAAUACUAAUGUAACUGGAGCCCAUCAUGAGGAAAGCAGCUCGCUAGACCGAAUCCCAGAGGAGGAGCCGCAGCCCUCCACGAGCCAACAGCGGAACGAAGGCGCAGGCCCCGCGCCGGCGCUGCAAGCCGCCCAGCCGGCGACUAGCGCGUCGCGAGGUGCCGGCAGACCCAACUGGGAGCCCAGCGCGGAGGACAUCGAAAGCUCAAGAGUCUUAGCCAAAAUGCUUGGCCUACCUAGUGUGCCAGCUGACCUCGCUAGGUUAAUGGAUACCAGCAGAUACGAAAACGUAUCGAGCGAGGAAGUGUAUGCGAUGUUGGAAGCGGAGCUUGUUCGGCUGAGGGCCAGGGAUUGUACAAUGGGUGCCGCCGGCUUACCGCAGCCGCCGCUUCCUAACCCGCCGGACACCACGGAGCUGGCACUGCAACGAGCUCGGUGCAGCCUUGCACCCACACCGAUCGUGGACAUCGGAGCCUCGGCCGGAUUCCGGGGUGUCGCCCCGGGGUUCGAGGCCGCCCCGGCAAGAGAGAGUCCCGGCGUGGUCGGCGUCCAGAACUCGGCGCUGAAUUCCGCCCUUGGCUUACCACCUGCGACUACGGGUGCGGCGCUGCCGCAGGACCAAGCCCAAGGGAACGCUUCUGCAUUGGCGGUUAAUCCAGCGAUGCGUGUUUACCAAGGCGAAGAGCUGAAUGCCUACUUGAGACCUUUCGAGGGCGAUUGGUCUCAACUUUACCCCGAACUUGAUAAUCCAAGGCCCCCGUCUCCAACCAACAUAGGCGACGGCCCAAAGCUACUUAACCUAUACGCCGAAACAAAAGCACGCAGCAAGGCGGACGACACUUUAUCUUCCUUUUACGAGGAAAUGAUAACACAACAUCGCCAGUAUUUUAAAUCGUUAGAGUCAUUGGCCAAUACUUGGUUUUACAAAGACCCCAACGGUCGGCUCCAGGGGCCAUUCAGCAGCGAGGUCAUGUUGUUCUGGUACAACAGAGGCUUCUUCAGCCAGACUAUGCUCGUAAAGCGUGGCUGUGAAACAGACCUGCGCCCCUUGUUCACUUAUGGCCCCGUGGUGCCGUUCGCAUAUGUAGAGCCGCCACACAUUACGCCAGGCAUUAGACAAAUGGAUGCGGGGUUGUGGGGCCAGCCUCCUGACAGCCUCAGGGACAUGUGGGCGGAGCUGCAGCAUUGCGCGCCUCUGGUGCGCUCCGAAGACGUCGUCAACAACCUGCCGUCCUUUUUCUGGAAUGGGCCUAAUGCCAGCUCGAUGACCUUGCCGGCGGACAUUGUCAAGGAGAUGAAGACGGAGGAGCAGAUCCUGGCCCAAAUGAGGAGCAAGCAGAGCGCGGCGGCGUCGCACCAGACUCCGCCGUUCGUGAGCGACAGCUCGCCGACCGUGAGCAGCUCCGCGACCGUCAGCUCCAGCGAGGACAGCUUCAACGUCCGAGCCACCCCCGACCUGGACACGCUGCAGCUGUUGAUGCAGAGCGAGACACACACGCCAACCAGUGAAUCCAAAUCCGAGAGUGACGACUCUGAGACAAAAUGUGAAAAGCUAGACAAAAUAGAGACGCCCGCCUACCCCGUGGCCGUCAAAACUCUACCGAUUCAGAAACCUCCGUCCGAUGCUAAGCUCAGCAAACAGGCUAAGAACGAACCGGAAAAGCCGUCGAAGACUAAAGAUAACAAUAACGUCACUAAAACUAAGACUAAGAAGAACAAAGAAGACAAGAAAGAAGACACGGAAACUAAAAUUAAAGAAGACGAAGUUAAAUCAGAGAAGCCAUCUGUGGAAUCAUCCCCAACGAAGAGCAAAAAAGAAGAGAAAUUAAGUAAAAAGGAAAUUGAAAAAGAGAAAAAGGAUUGGAUCAAAGAUGGAUUCACUACGGUCAAAGGAAUCGAGAGAAUUAAUAAUAAAGAAAAUAGGAGGAAAGCGGAAGAAGCCAAAGUGAUCGAAGAAUUGGAGAGAAUAAAGAGAGAAGAAGAAAAGCUACUUAUGGAAGAAGAGAAAAAAAAGAGACAAAUGGACAUGAUCGCUAAGAAGCAACUGGAACAACAACGUCAGAUGUCCGAGUCGUUAGCGAAGCGGGCGCCGUGGUCGGUGGCGAGCCAGGGCGUGGCGCCCAGCCAGGCCGGCCUGACGCUGGCGGAGAUCCAGCGGCUGGAGCGGGAGAAGAAGCUCGAGCAGAUCAAGGAGCAGCAGCACAUGAUGCACCUCAUCGCGCAGCAGCAGGCCGCGGCUUUGGCGAGGGAGCAGGAAAUGCAGGCAAAUCUAGCUUGGGCGAAGAAUAAUUUGGCCAACAAUGGCGUCGGACCGAGCUUAGCAGAAAUUCAGGCGGAAACGAGACGGCAAUCGGCGGCGGCUGCGGCGGCGGCCACACAGUCUAUAGAAGAGGUCAUACCGCUCCCGCCGCUACCCACCAACCUCGUGCCGUGGGGCAACUCCAACAAUGGAGGCGGAUUCUGGGACACUCAGCCCGCCGCAGCGAAAUCAGAGAAGCCCCAAGAAACUGUUAAGCCGGUCAAGCCGGCCGAGCCGAAGACCAAGAAGAAAAUCACCAUUCCCAAUCUCACCAAUCCCACCAACACUACUAACCCCACCAACCCUACUAACCACACCAACUCCGCUAACCCUACCAACUCCGCUAACCCUACCAACUCCACCAAACUUACCAACUCCACUAACCCUUCCAACUCCACCAACCCUACCAACUCCACCAACCCUACCAACUCCACCAACCCUACCAACUCCACCAAUCCUACCAACUCCACCAAUCCUACCAACGCCACCAAUACCACUGCUAAUGCCGCCAGCUCUGCGAAUUCCAUUCCCCCGAAGAGGGAAAGGUCCCCGACCAGUGAGUUUGAAGCCUGGUGUUCCACUGUGCUGGCAUUGUGGAGAACCAAGAUUGAUGUGCCGACCUUCGUGGGUUUCUUAAAAGAUAUCGAGUCGCCGUACGAAGUGAAGGACUACGUCAAGUGCUACCUCGGCGAUUCCAAGGACUCCAGCGACUUUGCUCGCCAAUUCCUAGAGAGAAGGUCGAAGCUGCUGCGCGUGGGGAUGGUGACACCGUCGGACGACCUGUGCUCCCCCGCGCUUGCCAUCAACCCCCGCGCCCCGCUGUCCGACUAUCAGGAAGUAAAGGGUAAAGGCAAGAAGUCGAAAAAGAAUAAAAUGCUCAAAGUGGACGCUCGUAUCCUCGGCUUUUCCGUGACGGCCUCCGAGGACCGGAUCAAUGUGGGCGACAUUGACACCGCGUAAACGCCUUGUGAUAUCCGGCGGAGGCGAGGCGAUGCGGCGCGACGACGCGCGAUGGUAUCCAGCGCCCGUUGCCGCGUCGCAUCCCACGCUUCCAAGCCGAGCCGCGCUUCCGGAAGCAGCGGACCGGCUUCGAGGACCGCCUCCGCGCGGUACGAUUACUCUCUAUCUUAGUUAAUUGUUAUAGCUAUUACUUAUAGGGAUGAUGACUCCUAGUCAAAUCAGUGACUUUUUAUCAAACGUCAAAACGCUCGCUUAGCAAGGGAGCUUGUAUGAAAUUCACAGAUGUGACGUCAUAGACUUUGACAUAAUUUGACGCACUUCUUUAGUUAAAUCGAUAAUUUAAAAUGGUCAGUAAACUUAAUACCAACAGCGGACGUAUAUUUUAUGAAUUCUGGAAGAUCCUCUACUAAAAUAAUUGCUAAGAAAUGACAGGCAUCAUCCCAAUUACAUUAUGUGUCAUUGAAAUGAAACAUGCAUCUAAGUUAUUUAUGUCGCAAGUCCCGAGUAGAAAAUUAUGUAUCGAAUUCUAAUGCACGAGCCGCAUGCGAGGGUAAAUAACUAUUAAAGUAAUAUUGUGUUUAUGAGAUAGAUCCAUAAAUUCGAAACGAUAUAAGUAUUGUUUUACCUUAGAUGCAAUUUUUUAUUUUACUUUUACCAUAAUAUGAACGGUCAAUGAAAUUUUGUAAUUUUUACUUAGAUAUAGUUUUAUUGUUCUGGGCCCCACUAGAAGAUUUUAACGGUUCAUUUUUGCUUUUUUACUACUUUCUCUUUGAUCUUUUCAUCUAUCAAAUGCAUAAAACGCUAGUCUUAAAUUUUAUGCAAUUUAAUGGAUUAAUCGGUAGUGUGGUCCUAGCCUUCUUAGAUUGUCAGAAAUUCUGGUUGUGUUUCAACUUUGAUUUGAGUGUAAUCGGUAAUUAUAUUAUUUUCUUGUUGUUCAUUAUAUAGUAUGUAAGUUAUUGAUAAAUCAUAAGUUUUACAUUGACUGUAUGUAAUGGUGUUCCCACAUUGCAGUAGAACGAAUAACAUUUUGUUAGGCGGCACCACCCUGCGCCAAACGAUAGCCGAUAGGGAUCAGUAGCCGCCAUACAGUGCUAGCCUGCUUCUAUAUUAGACUGCGUCAGCUUACCACCAGGUGAGAUCGCAGCCGAGGGCUAAUAAUAUA